CAUUGUUACAGAAAUAUUAAACAAAUAAUGUCCAAAUCAUCAUCAUCAUCAUCAAAAUCAUCAUUAUCAAUAUUAAUUAUGACCAUUAUGAUGAUUUUAAUGAUAAUGAUAAUCAUGUUAAGCGCACAUUGUGUUAUGGGUAAUCCAAUGAUGAUGACUAAAUCAAUAAUGUUCAGACAAACAAAACCAAAUUUAUCAACAACAACAAUAAAUAAUAAUAAUAAUGAUGAUAAUGAUAAUGAACAACAACAACCAAAAAAUAUUGGAUCAAUAAAUGCAAUGAGAUUAAAAAUAUUACAACAAUUACGUUUAAAUCAGAAUGAUGUACAAAGACGUGUCAAUAAUCAUCAUCAUCAUCAUAAUAAUCAUCAUUAUAAUUCAAAAUCACAAUUACGUUUGGAUGAUUCACAGGUGGUUUUUGAUCCAACAAUUGAAGAAUUUUCAUUACAUAAUACUCGACAACAACAACAACAACAACAACAAUUUGAUAAUGAUAAAAUGGAUAAAAAUCAGCCAAAUUUUCAACCAGAUAACGAUGAUAAUGAUCCGAUAAUGAUUGAUUCGACAAUGGAUGAUCAACAACAGCAACCAUCAUUGAAUGAUGAAGAAGAAAAAGAAGAAGAAGAAGAAGAAUCGGUUAAAAAAAUUAUCGAUAGUGGUUGGAUACAACAUUCAUCAACAAAAAAAUUACUGUAUUAUCUUGGCAAAAUUGAUAAAGUUUUAUUUAAUAAUGUUGUUGGUAAUAAUUUAGAUAAAUUUGAUGAAUUGGAUGAUUCAUUUAUGAAUCCGAAUGAAGAUGAAUUAAUGAUUAAUCAACCGAAUCAACAACAACAACAAAAUCGAAAUAAAUCCAAAACAUUAAAUUCAGAAAUGGAAAAUAAUAAUAAAAAUUUUGAAAUAAUUUUAAAUCGUAUGAUGAAUACACCGACAGUAGUGAAAAAACGUGGUGAAGGACCACAGCUAUCGAUUGAUUAUCCAUUAACUGUAUUAAGGCAAAGAUUAGUUGCUGAAUUGGCACGACGUAAAGCUAAAAAAACUGAAGAACAAAUUGCAAUCAAUACAGAAAUAUUGAAAAAAUUAGGAAGACGACGACGACGUCGAAGUAUACAACAAACAACAUCUGAUCAAUCGAAACGACAGAAUUUAAAUUCAAUAAAACAUUUUUCGAAUGGAAAACUGCAACAACAUUUUCGUAAUAAUGAUAAAUAUUAUAAUUAUGAUCGAAUAAAUUCAAUGAUCAUCAAUAAUAAUAAACGACAACAAAUGAGAAUUAAUUCAAAAAAACAAUCAUGGCCAAUUAUUAAUCGUCUAAAUGGUUAAAUUAUUAGGAAGAAGGUAGAAGAACUAGCAGCGAAAAAAAACUUUCGAGCUAAAAUAAUUGCAUUUACCAGGUAAAAGCGAAAAUCAUCAAUCAAUCAAUCACUAAUCAUCAUCAUCAUCAUCAUUGAUCAUUUACCAAUCGCCUAUCAUCAUAGACAACGAACAAUUUUUUUUUGUUUUUUUGAAAAAAAAGUAUUUCUUAAACAAACGACAAACGUUUAUCCAUUUUAAAUCAUUUGUGUCAAAUUUUUUUUUCUUUCAAUCAUCAUUACAUCAUCAAUAUUGAUUUGCACUAUUCACAUUUCACAACAAAAAAAAACCCUGGAUUAAUUUGGAAAAACCAUCAGAAACUGGUCACAACAUUUCAAAAUAAAAAUCAUCAUCCUUGUUAUAUCAUUACCCUUCAAAAUAAAA